AUGAACAAAUCGCUCUCCAAGGGCUCCGAGUCGUCCACUCAGUUCGACUCGCCGCUACGUUUCCACUCUCCGAUGCGGUGGGACGGGACCGAUCCGCCGGAGUCUCCGGAAUACCGCUCGCCGGAAAACUCGCCAGAAAAGCACCCGGACCACUCCAUGGCCAUCGUCACCGUCGGCAAGCUCAAGCAGCUCGCUCCUGACAAGCGCGCAGAGCACCGGAAGCCGCCGGAAAACCCGCCGUCGGUGUUGGUGUUCAAUGGUACGGUGACGGAGGAGACGCAGCGUCCGGCGGUGAAUGCGGUUCCAGCGGUGGGCGGAGGCGAGCGGAGAUCGAGGUCGUCAGGGUGGACGACGGAGGAAACGGUAUGCAAGGCGGCGCUAGGGUUCCGGCUGAGCGAGAUGGUGGUGUGUCUGAUUUCGUUUUCUGUUAUGGCGGCGGACAAGACGCAAGGUUGGAGUGGUGACUCCUUUGAUCGCUAUAGAGAAUAUAGGUAUUGUUUAUCUGUGAAUGUUAUUGGAUUUGCAUACUCGGCGUUGCAAGCAUGUGAUCUGGCAUGUCAACUUGCCACUGGGAAACGCUUAAUCAGUCAUCACCUUCGCAACCAUUUUGACUUCUUCUUGGAUCAGGUUCUGGCUUAUCUUCUGAUAUCAGCAUCAUCAUGUGCAGCCACACGGGUUGACGAUUGGAUAUCAAAUUGGGGGAAAGAUGAGUUCACAGAACUGGCCACUGCAUCAAUUGGAAUGUCCUUCCUAGCUUUUGUUGCCUAUGCUAUGAGCUCACUCAUCUCUGGUUACACCCUAUGCAACCGCAGCUCCAUGUGA